CUCUGCUAGCAACCGAAUAAUUGGUGCUAAGGAUCAUGCUUCUAUUCAGAUAAAUAUUUCUGAGGUUGACAAGGUAACAGGCAGAGUAAAUGGCCAGUUCAAAACGUAUGCCAUUUGCGGAGCAAUUCGUAGAAUGGGUGAAUCAGAUGACUCCAUUCUGCGUCUGGCAAAAAGAUGGAAUUGUUUCCAAGAACUUCUAACUGAAGAAACUCUGGUAUGGAACAUCUGA